AUGAAUUCAACUAAAAGAUUACCGCGUAAUGCAAUACCAAUACCCACCUCAACAACGUUCCAUCAUGAGUUAUCACCACCUUUAGAUGAAUUCUUUGUAGUAGGUUCUUUACCUACUGCUUCACCUUCUAUUUAUAGUGAGUUUAAUGUGGUUCUAGAUGACGGUACUCUUCAAAAGAGAACUGUCUCCUUAUCUACUUUACCUGAUGAUACAAUAGAAGAGGGAAUCAUCACAGAAAAUUCUAACCUGGAACACAAACAAUUGAAAAAUCGAAAAGAUUCAACUACCCCUUUAUUGAAAGAUCAAAAAAAGAAGUCAUACGCAAGUAUAGUAUCAUCUCAAUCUGAUUCUACCACAUCAAAUGACUCUUCGUUGUUGUAUCAGAAUAAGGUUAAAUAUGAUGGUUACAAGUCAGGAUUAGUAUUAUUACUACAAGAUAGGUUUAUUAUAUCAAUAUCAACUCUCUUUGAAAGAAUGAAAUUAACUUCAAAGCAACGCUUAGUUAUGAAAUGUAGUUUUGCCUAUCUUGUGGGCUCCUUAUUUACCUUCAUACCUGCUUUGAACGCAUGUAUUGGCCACAAUCAUGUCUCAAGUCAUCUUGUCGCUACUGCAACUGUUUUCUUUAAUCCGGCAAAGACAUUAGGAGGUAUGGUGGAAGCAACUCUCUUUGGUUGGGGUUAUGUUAUUUUUGCUUUAUUCAUUUGCUUUGGAUCCAUGGUCACGACUGACUAUUUUGUGGAUCGACAUAUGCUUACAACUGCGCAUGCUAUCACUUUAUUAUUUUGGUUAGUAGCUGCUACUUUUAUUAUAUCAUUUUUAAAAGCGCAUUGGAAUAAACCUCCUGCUGCAACAGCAUCAAGUUUAUGCUUUAUCAUUCUAUCUAUUAUUGUUGUUCGAGAAGGAUCUGCUAAUCGAGGAGAUUUUGAUACAACACGUAUUGAACAAAUUACAACUGCUGUAGCCACAGGUACAGUAGUGACGAUUUCUUGUUGUAUUUUAUUUUGGCCUACAUCAGCAAGUAAAAAACUAAGACAAGAUUUAGAAGCUACAUUAAUGUCGUACAAAUUACUUUUGAAACUUUUAACCAAAACUUUCUUACUCGAUGAUGAUCUUCCAGAAUUUAAAGCAAAUGAUUCCCUCAAAUUAGCCAUCGAUUCCCAUCGCGCUAGUUUCAUCUCUCUUCAAAAGUCUUUACAGGAAGCAAAAUGGGAGGUCCUUUGGAAUAGUGACAUAAGAGGUUGUACAAAAGAAUAUGAUCAUGUUGUGAAAAGUAUGCAACGAUUAGCGCAAUGUAUGGAAGGAUUAAGAAGUAGUUGUGGUCUUCAAUUUGAAUUAAUGAAAUUGACCUCUGUUACCAACAAGCCAAAGGAGGGACAAGAAAGGAGGAGAUCAUGGAGUAUUAAACCAGAUCAUCAUCGUCGUAAAUUGGAAAAUGAAUUAAAGCGUCAAAGGAUAGGGGAGGAUCGGUCGAUGAUGACGAAAGAGGAGGAUGAAGAAAAAAGAAAGAAAGAAGAAGAAGAGGAUUGUUCAUUCAUUGAGUUUAUUCAUACAAUACGUCAGCCCCUGAAAUCACUUGCUUAUACCUGUAAACAAACAAUCCUUCAUCUACAAACCUCCUUUUCUUCUUGUACAACAUUAUCAUCAAAAAAACCGAAUGAUGAAACCUUAAAGAGUAACCUGGUAAAGGCAAUUGCUCUGUUUGAGGUAUCUCAAAGACAAGCUGUAAAGAGAUUGAACCGUCAUCGAUCACAACAACAACAACAACAAUCACUCAACUACGAUGCUUCUCCUAAAGAAGAUGCCUUUUUAGUUUACUUUUUCGUAUUUAAUAUGAUUGAAUUUGCAAGAGAACUCAUAUCAUUAGUUGAAUCUGUUCAUGCACUUUCAUUAGCAAAACAAAAGAAACAUUCAAUUACAUUCUAUAUAAUCAACAAGAUAGCUACUCUUAUUAAAAUAAAAAAGGAAGAAGAAAAGGAAGAAGAAAAGGAAGAAGAAGAAGAAGAGGAGAAGGUGAUUGAUGGGUUUAUUCCUAAUGAAAGACACAAGGCAGAUACAUUACAUACACCUAUACCGAAAACAAAAUGGAGACAGAUGGUUUUACGUGUUUGGAGAACAUUUUCACUAUUUAAACUUCAAAAGGUACGUUAUGCAACCAAGGCAACUAUAGCAGCUAUUUUACUUGCUACACCCGCAUUUUUGGAAACAACUGCAAGUUUAUUUCGAGAAUGGCGUAUGGAAUGGGCAUUGAUUACUUUGAUGGUAGUCAUGACACCUACUGUAGGAGGAACAAAUUUGAUAGCUGUCUAUCGUAUCUAUUCUACUGUUCUAGGAUGCUUAGUAGCAAUGUGUCUUUAUUUAUUAUUUCCGGAUAAUAUGUAUGCUCUCAUCUUGUGUACCUGGUUGUUUUCAAUACCGAAUUUCUGGCUCAUCUUACAUCAUAAUAAACAUGGGAAAUUCGGACAAUUCACAUUGCUUGCCUAUAACCUUGUGAUGUUAAACAAGUACAACGAUAGAGAGACCCACCAGAUAGAGGUGACACAUCUUGCCUUACAGAGAUGUCUCUCUAUCUUGGUUGGUGUGAUCUUUGGCUUAUUUGCUACUGCUUAUGUGUGGCCCUAUGAAGCCAGAGUAGAACUUCGUAAGGGGUUAUCUGAUUUUUUACUUCGAUUAGCAUGGUUCUAUCAACGACUUGUCUCCACUUAUUCGAGGAGGAGAUCGACAAGAGCGAAUGAAUCAUCAUCCAACAUGCAACAGCAGACACAGCAGGUCUUUAUGGACCUAGAGUUUGGACUUCAUCGAACCUUAUUUGAACUUCAGGAUCUUUUAAAACAGACGCCGAAUGAGCCAAGACUGAAAGGCGCAUUCCCAGUCGCAACCUAUUGUGAUAUGUUGGCCUCCUGUCAGAAUAUCACAGAUAAAUUAGUCGCCAUGAGGACAGUGAUCUUGAAGGAUGCAUGGUUUGAUGAAGUUCAAGAUGCCUUUAUCUUACCAGUUUGUCAAGAGAGACGUGAGAUGGUAGGGUCGAUUUUACUUUAUUUUUAUUUGUUGGCCUCUGCUGUGCGGCUCAAGACACCUUUACCUCCGUAUUUACCACCUGCUAAAAAGGCAUGGCAAUCAUUCAUCUUACAUUUACGUAAAUUACCUGUAGUAAAGUCCAAAAGAGUAUUAGACAAGGAUCAUGUUUACUUGUUUUAUUGUGUUUAUGUUACAGUAUUGGAAGAUAUUAUUAGAGACUUAGAUAAGCUUGGUAAAAAUAUGUCACUAUUGUUUGGAACUAUUCUACCUUAUGAUCAAUGGGAAGGAUUAUUUGAUAUUGAAGAGCAACAGCAAAGGAUAUCUACUAUUACUACUACUACUACUACUCAUAUUUAA